UCUCUGUGGCUUCAGCGGCUUGCACUCCGGCGUGCGACGUAUGAGCUAUCCAGAUAUAUUAUACAGAUCAGUGGUUUUAGGUACAUUAACUGUGACAGUACAGUCAAGCUGUGUAAUGGCACAUCGACAGAGGAAUUGAUCUGAUUGGUUCAUAUUUGUUUCUGAUUGUUAAAUCAGAUCUCUUAUCUUACACAUUCGUCAUAGCUACAUUCAAUGAAUAUGUAUAUAUACAAAAUAACAAACCAUUUUAUUUUUGUUAAAGAAAAACAAACACCCAAUACCCAAUGUCAAGUGGAAAAAAGCUACAAACCCACUGCGCAUGCGUCGGUGGCCAUGUUGGAUUACUGUAAUAUUUUCUAUAAAUUUCUAACGAAAUGAAAUGGAAAAUGAAGCAAGACGACGACAGUGAGAAGGCGUUUGUUUUCUUUUCUCUCUGUAUUCCGCAUAGGCGAGGAAUCGAUUAAUUAAUUACUGUUUGAAAAAAUAAAAUCUCGGCGUCACUUUGGAGAUUGCGGGGCUUGCUAGCUGCUACGCGGAAGUGACCAACACGUCGUUAAGUGUUGUUAUUGUGUGUGAAAAUGUGUAAAGUACAAAUGCUGAGAGCGUUGGUGAAUCAGCGGCUAACUGCGGCUGUUGAAGAAAUAUUUGUAGUGUUGGAAAGAACGAUAGCAGAGUACGAGGAGGAACUUUGUCGAACAAAAGAGGAGAACGAGCGACAACGUCGACUACUGGACGCUGUUUUGAAGAAGCAUAAAGUUGUGUCCUCCGGAGCAGCAGAUGUCAGUGAGGAACAUCUGCCCCCUGAGCAGCAGGAAUGGAGCUCCAGGAUGGAGCAGGUGGGAUCCCAUCCCCGUUAUGUUAAAGAUGAAAAGGAGGACCCCCAGCCCCCACACAUUAAAGAUGAAGAGGAGGAUCACAGCAUCAAUCAGGAGGGAGAGCAUCUUGAAAGCCUGGAGGAGUUCCCGGUGUUAGGUGUCUCUGUAAAGAGUGAAGAUGAUGAAGACAAAGGUGAAAGUGAGGAGAAGAGAGAGGUGGAGCCUCCAAGCAGCAGCUCAACUCAACACAUGACAACAGAAGCUGAUGGAGACCACUGUGGAGGAUCACAAGCAGACAACCUCUUAGCUCCACUAUCAGAUAGCGACGACACAACGUCACACUCUCCUGACACUGAUGAUGAAGACUCUAAAGCUGAUAUGACAUGUCACACUGACAACACACACUUUAAAUGCUCUCAAUGUGACAAAACAUUUGUUAACAAGGGAAAUCUGAAAAGACACAUGACAAAUCACACAGGAGAGAAACCAUUCAUGUGCUCAGUUUGUGGAAAAAGAUUCUCUCAGAAGGUACAUUUGACAGCACACACAAGAACACACACUGUAGAGAAACCUUUCUCCUGCUCAGUUUGUGGUAAAGGAUUUUUUCAGAAGUCACAUUUGCAAGAGCACACAAGAACACACACUGGGGAGAAGCCUUUUGCCUGCUCAGUUUGUCGCCAAACAUUCUCUGUAAAGUCAUCUUUGAUAAUACACACGAGAACGCACACUGGGGAGAGACCGUUUGCCUGCUCAGUGUGUGGUAAAAGAUUCAGUCAUCGUUCAACUUGGAUGAAGCACACACGAACUCACACGGGAGAAAAACCUUUCACCUGCUCAAUCUGUACUAAAACAUUCUCCCAUAAUCAUAAUUUGAUAGAGCACAAAAGAACACACACAGGGGAGAAACCAUUUCCUUGCUCAGUCUGCCAUACAUAUUUUCGUGCUCGUUCAGCUUUGAGUAAACACAUGAAAACACACAUUGGCGUCAAUGUUUAGUAUAAUAUUGAUGAUGGUCCCUGAGGGUACAUUCAAUGUUCUCUCUGUUGUGUAAAGAUUGUGUUGCAAAUCUGCAAAUGAAAAAAAUUCUUUCCAUCCUUGCCACUCACUUAUUUUUUCCUGUGCACCUAUAUAGAUAAUCUGGAUAUUAUAUAAUUAUUAUUAUUAUUGUUUGUUAUUAUAACAGAUAAAAGCCCUCCUACUCUCGACUGUGAGUGCGCUUUGGUUUUUGGUGAUCUUCCUCGCUAGUUAAUGGGGAUCGUUGAGCAAAAAUGGCACUCUCUCCCUGUGCUAUUUCAGAGGAUGUUGCAUGUGAAGUCUCCAUUGUCCUGUGAGUCCCUGCAGGAUUUCACAGGCUGUUUUGUGCGAUUGUUGUGGCCUGAUUUUGCGGCAGCUUUUUCAAAAGUUUGAGGCAAAAUUUGCAAUGUUUUUUUUUUUUCAAUAACAUUGCAUCAGCUGUUCUGUACCCAUAACCACAAAAAGCACAUGAUCUACAAAAAUAUGCUGUAUUUGUAUAAUUUAUAGUUGACACUAGAUUGGCAGUAAAAACACCUUUACUGAACCCAGUGUUUGGUUUGGUUUGGUAUUAGUUUAUUUGAACAUGAAGGUUACGAUGGAAUACAUCUCAUGAAUCAUUCUUUGACAGUUUCACAGUGUCAAAUUACUGUGUUAUACAAACAAACACCACCAAAGGUUCACUCAUUUUCUGUCGUCUGCUCUGACUUCCACAAGUUGCAGACGUUCUCCGUGCAUGUUUUAUGGUUAUAAAGUGCUUGUGAAACUUUUCUUUAUGUUCCAACACAUUUGCACAUAGUUGACCCCUGCUUUCGUUGAGAACAUUGGGGAACUGUUGAGUGUGAUUUAUAUUGGUGAUUUUUGUUGAUUACUGAGAGAUUAUCAUCACAAUUCCACAUCUCUUUCAGUGUAAACAAGGAAGUGAGAAUGUGGGUGUGUUGUUAAAUAUGUUACCCUACUACAUUACUCAGAAGUCUUUCCUCUCUAGGCAGGCAUGCUGUUGUCUGAGGUACGAGUGAGUAUGAGAAUUGUGCCAUUAGAGCAAUAAUGA